GCCUCUCAACCCCGAGGCAUCCUCUCGCGCCAAUGGCUCCCAAGAAGAAAACUCCAAAGAAAAGCAAGGCAGUGAAGAGAGAGUCUCCUGUCAACACCACAAUGGUAGAAGACCCUUCCCUUGAUAUUGACCGGCAGCACCAGCUGGAGGGGUUGUUUGAAAACGGGUCCGAUGGGUUCCUGUGCACCGCUGUCGAAGUCAUUGAUCCGAGCCACGGAAACAGCGUCCUGCAGGUGAUGAGUCACAUGCGCCAAGAGCACCUACUUUGCGACCUCACAAUCACCACCAAAGCAAAGUCCUUCAGCGUUCACAAGCUGGUGAUGUCCUCCUGCAGCGAUUAUUUCAGAGGCCUGCUGACAGCGGAUCUCCACCUUCAACAAGUGGACCUCAAAGACAUCUCCUCCUUGGGUCUGGCCACUGCCAUCGCCUACGCCUACACGGGGAAGCUGAGUCUUUCCCUAUACACCAUCGGCAGCACCAUUUCCACAGCCAGCCACCUGCAGAUGUACGCUCUGCUCAACAUAUGCACCGACUUCCUCAUCCAGGAGAUGAACGUGGAAAACUGGGUGUAUAUUGUCAAUAUGGCGGACACGUACAAUCUCAACCAGGUGAAGGAGGCUGCAAGGAAAUUCAUCACAGAACACUUCCUGGAGUUCUCCGACACCGAGCAGUUCAUGAAGCUCACUUUCGAUCAACUCAACGAACUGCUGAUGGAUGACGACCUUCAGAUCCCUGACGAAGUGGUGGCCUUCCAGAUUGCUAUGAAAUGGCUCGAAUUUGACUCCAAGCGGUUCAAACAUGCCCCCGACCUCUUGAACAAUGUUCGGUUUGGCACCAUCCCCGCUCAGGACCUGAUCAACUACAUCCAACCUGUGCCGUGUAUGAUGCAGAACCCAGAAUGUCACAAGCUGCUGGUAGAUGCUAUGAAUUACCACUUGCUACCGUAUCAGCAAAACGACCUCCAGUCCAGAAGGUCCAAGAUUCGAGGGGGCUACAGAGUGUUGAUCACAGUUGGCGGGCGUCCAUGCUCAACGGAGAAAGCCCUUAGCAAAGACAUAAACUACAGGGAUGACGAGGGAAACUGGAAUAAGCUUACAGAGAUGCCAACCAAGUGCUUCAACCAGUGUGUUGCGGUGAUGGAUGGAUUUCUCUAUGUGGCAGGGGGAGAAGAUCAAAAUGAUGCCCGAAACCAGGCAAAGCAUGCACUUAACAAUGUGUGCAGGUAUGACCCGCGCUUCCAAACUUGGCUGCACUUGGCCAGCAUGUCGCACAAGAGAACGCACUUCAGCCUCAGUGCUUUCAACGGGCACCUGUACGCCGUCGGGGGGCGCAACGCCAAGGGGGCCCUGGUCUCCGUCGAGUGCUACGUCCCUUCUACCAACAGCUGGCACGCCAAAGCUAACAUGGAGUUGCCACGCUGCUGCCACGCCAGUGUGGUCCUCGGCGGCAAAAUCCUGGCAACCGGUGGCUAUGUGAACAAUGCCUACUCUCGCACCGUUUGCAGCUAUGACCCCGCCGCAGAUGCUUGGCGAGAUUGCGCUUGGCUGAGUAGCCCAAGGGGUUGGCACUGCGCCACCGCCUUAGGGGACCAGGCCUAUGUCCUGGGAGGCAGCCAGCUGGGUCCCCGAGGGGAGAGGGUGGACGUGAUCCCCGUGGAAUGCUACAAUGCUCUGACAAACCAGUGGAGCUGCAUGGCCCCCCUGCCCAUAGGUUUGAGCAUGGCUGGUGUGGCCACCGUCGGUGGGCAAAUCUUACUCGCGGGUGGUUGGAACGAAAGCGGAAAGAAAUAUCAGAAGAGCGUCCUGGCCUACAACCCUGACCUGAAUGAAUGGACAGAGGAAGGGGAGCUCUUGGAGGGCACCGUGGGGGUUUCCUGUUGUACGAUUGCCCUCCCUCACUCGAGCACCCGGGGGUCCAGGGCCAGUUCAGUGGCCUCGGCAACUGUCAGUAUUUAAGGCUAGGAGGGCAAGGGGGUGGGAUGAAGAAUGCAGGGUUCAUAACUGGCCUGAUCGGGGGUAACCUAAAAAUGCCAAAGGGCUUCUGAAGUUUGCAUGUACCUGUUUUGCCAGCUUCCAAACCAUCUACCCCUCCACAAUUAGCUUCACCUCCCAGAACA